AUGGAAAAUCAAACAACUGUGGAUAUAUUGGUUCUCGCUGGUCUGUCUGAUCUUCCGAGUCUUCAGCUUCCUCUGUUCGUGGUGUUUCUUCUGAUCUACAUCUUGACUCUAAUUGGGAACCUUCUCAUCCUUCUCCUGAUCUUCACUGAUUCCCAUCUUCACACCCCCAUGUACUUCUUCCUUGGAACCCUGGCAUGUCUGGAUACAGGUUACUCCUCAGUCACCGCCCCAAGGUUGCUUUAUGAUUUGUUUACAGAACAAAGGACCAUUUCAGUGCGGGCUUGUAUAGCUCAGAUCUAUUUCUUCUUUCUUUUUGCUACAUCAGAGGUGUCCUUGCUGGCAGUGAUGUCCUAUGACAGAUACAUUGCAAUUUGCCACCCUCUUAAUUACAUGCAGAUAAUGAGAUGGGAAGUUUGCAUUAAGCUUGUAUCCGUCGUGUUGGUUUUUGCUGCAACGUAUUCCUUGUUGCAAACUCUUUUAUUAAAUAAACUGACCUUUUGCAAAUCAGAUGCUUUGCAAAGUUUCUUUUGUGAACUGCCCCAGCUGCUAAAGGUCUCCUGUAGUGACACAUUAACCAACACACUGGUCAUUAAUAUCCUUGGUAUAUUGUUUGGACUAAUAAUCCUAGGAGUUAUCUUUUCCCCUUACAUCUCUAUUCUCCAUGCUGUUCUAAAAAUUCAAUCCAAAAACAUGAGAUCCAAAGCUUUCUCCACCUGCUCCUCCCAUCUAACUGCUGUCUUCAUAUUUUACAGUACUACUUUCUUCAACUACUUUCGUUCAAAUGGCAAUGAUUCAACUGAUCAUUUUACUGCAGACAAAGUGGCUUCCGUAUGCUAUGCUAUAUUAACCCCCUUUCUGAACCCUCUCAUCUAUAGUCUGAGGAACCAGGAGCUCAAAACAUCCCUAAAGAAGACCUUACAAAGGCAUCAAAUGUUUGGAUAA